AUGGGUCAGAAGUUUGCAGAAUUGGCCAAGAUGGGAGACUUUAUAGAGGAAGGUGUUAAAUCUGGGAAAAUUCAGUCUAUGGUCGCAUUGCAAGCUGCAAGUAGGGCUAUACAAUCGGGUUCCAUUGGCGGCAUCAAAAAGAAAAGGGAGGAUGUCUCAGCUGUCACUUACCAACCAGGAGGACCAUCUCACCGAUACCCCAAUAAUCCCCAAAUCGCUGCGCAUACUUCAUACGUCCCAGUGUAUAAUACCCAACCACACCAUAACCCACCCCGAGCACCAGCAUACCAAAACCCUCCAAGACCAUAUGUCCCUGUCCAAGCACCAAUUCACCAAAAUAGACCAGCAUAUGCACCAAGACCACGUCCAAAUCCUGAAGCUAGAAAUGCUCGCGCUUACACACCGAUUGCUGAGCCCUAUGCUCAAUUGUUUGAGAGGUUGAGGACAGCGGGAGUGCUGCAACCAGUUGAAGGAAAACUUCCUGAUUCAAUCCCUCGUAAUUUUGAUAGGAACAAGAGAUGUGCUUACCACUCGGGAGUCCAGGGACACGACACAGAAGAUUUUUAUGGUUUGAAGAACCAGAUUGAGUCUUUGAUUAGGAGAGGAGUAAUCAAAUGCACUCCGGCACCUCCCAAUGUGAACAACAAUCCCUUGCCAAACCAUGAGAAUCGGGAAGUCAACAUGGUUACUCUGGAUGACGAAUAUGGGACCCCCGAUUAUCCAAACAUAGAUGAAGCGGAUGCCAUGACGUCUUCGGCGCAACCUGUUAUCACUGUUCAGCUAAGGGAACCUCUGACUGUCCAAACAUAUCUCCCAAGAGUUGUAGUGACCAGUCUAAUUGCUAAGAAGCCUGAGUAUGACACCAAAGCAGUCCCUUGGGACUAUCGAGCAAGUGCCAAGGGCAAAAUGAUCGACACUGCCGUGGCUCAAGGGAUGACUAGGUCAGGGAGGUGCUAUGCCCCAGAAGACCUAAAUCAAAGAGUUCUCGGGAAAGAACAGAAUCCAAAGAAGAAUAUUACCGAUGCUGAAGCCGCAGAGUUUUGGAAGAAGAUGCAGUCUAAAGACUAUUCGGUUGAAGAACAGUUGAAGAAGACGCCAACCUACAUAUCAAUUUGGUCUUUUCUUAUGAGUUCUGAAGCUCAUAGGAAUGCUUUGAUGGAGGUGUUAAGCGGAGUGAUAAUUCCAAAAGAGACCACAAGUGAGACCUUAGCUGCAACAAUUGGAAGAAUAGUGGAAGCUAACAAGAUUUCUUUCCACCACAAUGAGUUGCCCGCAGAAGGGGCUGGGCACAAUAAAGCGCUUCACAUCGCAGUCAAAUGUUGUGAUAAAAUUGUGACUCAAGUUUUAAUUGAUGGUGGCUCUGGAUGUAACAUCUGUCCUUUCACCAUUUUGAGAGAUUUAGGUGUUAAUAUGGGAGAGAUAAAGGAAAGUCGUGUAAAAGUUAGAGCCUUUGAUGGAGCGCAAAGAAGUGUCAUCGGAGAGAUAUAUCUCACAUUGCAGGUGGGGCCGGCUGAAUUCCCUAUUCUAUUUCAAGUGAUGGAUGUAUCAUCCAACUACAACCUGUUGUUGGGAAGACCAUGGGUUCACAUGGCAAGAGCGGUUCCUUCCACUCUUCAUCAAUGUGUAAAGUUUGAGUGGGGUCACACAGAAGUUACCAUCCACGGAGAACUCAGUCACCCCAUUCAUUCUGUUAAUUCCAUCCCAGUCACCGACAAGUUAGAUGGAGCCACUUUUCACACUUUGGAAAUCAUGCAAGCUAUAAGGGUUAAUGAGGGAGCAGAGCCCGAAGAUACCAAGUUGUCAAGUGCAGCGAAAAUGGUUGCGUCAGAAAUGUUGAAGUAUGGGUAUCAGCCUAAGAAUGGACUUGGACCCAAGUCCAAUGGCAUAGUUGAGCCGAUCCAGCUGAAGCAUCAGAGAGGCACCAACGGACUAGGAUACGAGCCUACCUCGAGAAGAGACUGUCACGGGUCAAGUGAUACAAUCUUUGUACCAGAACAAUCUUCUAUUCCAGAUCAAGCUGGAGUUGAUAACAUCGUAGAAGGAAUAGGCAAUUUGUUUGUGGCCAUGGCUGGAGAAGAGGAAGAGAUAAAUCUUAACAAGUUGACCAUCCGUGAUGCCGAACCUGGAGAAAUCUUGCAGAAUUGGACCACCAGCCCGUCCCUGUUUCAACCAGAGUCCUGGUAG